GGAUUGAAACUGACAGGAGGUGAUGAAAUCGAUCAAACAGUUGGAAAUUUUUACAGUAGAAUUUCGCGCUACUGUUUGUCGGUUCAUCUCCGAAUAAAAUAUAACAAUUUUCGAAAAAAAAGAAAACGUUUUCAUUUUGAAAGAAACAUGUGGAAAUCCUGCAGCUCCAUCAAACGAGAGCGGAACGAGGAUCACAUUCCGAAUAUCGGGUGUGAGGGAUGCUACUUGAAGGAACUGCCAGCACCACCAGAUUCACAUCCCUGCAUGCAUUGGUCUGCUGGAUUGAGCCCGAAUGAACGGGUAUUUUAUCAUCAGACACUGAGUUCGGCACGUCGCGCUGCGAAGUUUGUGGUAUUGGGUCCGGUACCACGUGAUUCGCUUGAUGUUAAUCUUGCCUCAAAGUAUAACCAUUCGGAGGAACUAUUUCGGGAUAAAAAUGACGUCGUCAUCCAGGAGGAAACAUUGGGUCAAGAUACAUUCCGCCGACUACGCAACACACGGGAUUUGAGUCCGGAGAAGAUAAUUCCACUGAAGCAUCCACUGCAGAUGGGAGGACUUCACGAGAAAGCAUCACCAAACAGCGUCAAGCUUAUGAACACAGGUCCACAUACUCCUUUAACGAAUCCGGGAUAUUCGCGUCAGACCGGAGACGGAAACUUUUUCAACUAUUGAAGCAGUUGUCGAACAAGUAAAGAAUUUCGGAUGGAUUAAAUUGACUGUUUAGAGACGCUUAACCUUGAUUUGUUUUUAUUUCAAUCAUCCAUACACUAUACGAUAAUCGGGCUUCCAUGUAUAUGUUUUAAGAUAUUGUUGCAAACUAAAUAUGUAUAGUUCGCUUCAAGCAGUUGUUGAAAGAAUAGCUUCGUUUGGGUUUGCUCACUUACCAUUAGGUUUCAAAUAAACUUGGUUAGAGCGUGGAUAUUUUUUUUGUAUGAAGAGUGGAUUUCCAAGAUUUUGUUGUCUUCCGCUGGCCUUCGCAAUGGUUUGCAUGUCGACGAUUGGGUGUGUUGAAAAUGUUGGGCUUUUAUCUGGAAAUAUAAAACUAGUCUAUGUAUGGAACUGAUUUUCAACAGGAACUGCAACUUAACAGUAGUUAUGCGUAACCUAGAAAGAGAAAUAUAUCGGCCGUAGGUAACGGAACAGGAUACUCGCGAACACGCCGUCUUGUCACGAACGGCUUCGGGAAACGCACCAUAAUUCUGCAAUAUGUGUGAAUCACCUGCUUGUUCAUACGUGAUUACUCCCAGGUGCCCUCUGCUACUAACAUUCCCAACUUUAAAUCUCCUUCUCGCUUUCACAUUUUCCAUCUACCUUCGCCGAUUUGCUUACAACAUAAGCAGUUCGGCUCAGCUUCAUAUCAAGUGCUCUCUCUUUCUCUGCUCGCGUGUUUUUUUUGUUUUAUCAGCAUCGUCAUCGGUACAGACAUGCAAAAAUACUUGGAGCAAAUAAAUAGAA